CUCUCAGCCUUUGCCUGCGAGUGGUUUAGUAAUGAAAAAUCCGCGAAACAGCACGCAGGCGGCCCUCUCACGCGCGAUUCCCACAUCGUUUUUCGUUGUUUUCUCGUCGCGGUCGUCGUGUGGCCGUGUCUGUCGGUUGCGCGUGCUGUCGGUCGUUUUGCGUGCCCGUGCGUGAGUGCAUUUUUGGUACCGCGCUGUCGUUGCGUCGUCGCGCGUGUUCCGUUCGAAAAUUGUUGCGCUUCUUUGCGUGAAAAUUGAUUGCCUUGAGGUGUGUGUGUUUUUUGUUGUUGUGCAUUCUUUUAUCAAGAAAAGCAGAGGAUUACAAACCCACCCCCCAGUAAAAUCAGUGCAGCGGUUAAGUGAACAAUUAUUGUUGUGUUUUGGUUUCCUCAUCACACAUCAACACCGCAUCCAAAAAACACCCCCACACGCACUAUGUGACAACAGCAUCAGUAAUUAUCAAACAAGUGCUUGUGUUUUCAUGCAAAACCGGCUGUUGUGAUCGCCUCCAAAUAUCACCAGCAAAACAUAGUAAAUAGUGAAGCUUCAGUGAAGGAAUUGCGCUAGUGUCAGCAAAUGCGAAUUUAACAAAAAUCAAUUAAAACACAAUGAUUUAGUGCAAACAAAACAAAAAAAAAAAAAGAAAGGAAAACGGAAGCCGAAGCAGCAGUGAUGGAAUUUCAGUUUCUGUUUUAAACCUUCCGGAACCUUACAAGCUGCCGUGGUGUGGAAAAGCGUGUGCGUUCAAACCAAACCAGUGAACAAAGAAAGCAAGAAAGAAAUUUUGAUUUUAUUUUCAAAAGAGAAUAUACAGUGCAAAGUGCAACAAAAGUGCAUCCGAUUGUACCCACACACACACACACACAUACACAUAUGGUUUUGAUGGCAGGUGGCAGUGCCAGUUGGUGUGCCAGUGAGUAGAAGAAAUCGACCGGGAAAAAGGAACGCAGCAGCAACGCCAACGGCAACGGCAGCAGCAGCAGCAUCAAAAGCAAUGAUUCAGGUCGAUCCGGUUGGAUAUCCGUCAAAUGUGAAAGAUGAGUCCAGCGCAGAUGAAGAUAUGAAGGAGAAUGGUUGUACAGAUAACGAGCACACAAUCGCGAAACCGUCGGUGCAAUUGUUAGCGAAGAUGUCGGAGGAAUUUGCCGAAAAGGCGGCCGCGGCGGCCCGGCUCGGCGACCAUCAUCUGCAUCAUCCGCACUAUCAAUCGGCGGCGACGACGGCGACCGGACGCCAUCAGCCGCAGGAUCGAUCCGAUGCCCUCAACGAGGCGGACAAUUUAAGCGAGGACGAACACAAUGAGGACGACGACGAGAUGGCCGACGGGCGGCGCAGCUCCAAUGCGACGCUAGCGGCCAGUGCAGCCGCGCCUGUGAACGAUCGUGCCAGCAGCGACCGCGAGGAGUCGGCUGGAGGGGAGGAGAAGCCGACGGCCGGUGAUUGUGCCACCGGUCGAAGCAGCCCCCGUUCGCCCAUCUCGCUGGUGGGGCGCGUGAGCGUGAACGAAGGGCUCGGUUCGAUGCUGGCCGGCGGCGAUCAUCAUCGCGACGAGCCGGCGAGCAUUGCAGCGGCCGCCGCAGCAGCCGCCCUCGGUGGACCGGCGGCAGCGGCCGCCCUGGCAGCGGCAGCAGCAGCCGCCGCAGCAGCCGCCAAAAACUCCGCCAACCCUGCCGCCCUCGGUGGACCGCUGUCGGCGGGUGACUUUAAUCCGGCCGCCGCGUUCGGCUUCCCACCGGCACCGCCGCACGGGCCGGCGCCGGGCAUGUCGAUACAGGCGUUCCAGAACGCGAUCGCUCAGUUCACGGCGAACGCGCUGGCGAACAACAUGGACAACGAUACGGUGGUGAAGAAUCUGGCCAUCCUGCAGUCGGCGCUGUUUACGCUGCAGCAGCAACAGUUUCUGCAGUUUCAGCUCAUCCAGCAUCUGCAGUCGCAGCUGGUGAAGAAGCAGGCGGAGAAGGACGAGCUCGGGGCGAGCGGUGGUCCGCUCGCCGGGUUGGCCGGGCUCGGUGCGGGGCUGGCCGGAUCGGUGGCCGGGGUGGACAGUGCAACGAUCGGUUUCCUCAACAACAACAACAACAAUCACAGCCAGCACAAUCACAACAAGCAGCAGCAGCAUCACACGGGAGGAAGUGGUGGUGGCAGUGGCAACAGUAACGGUAGCAGUCGACACCACCAGCACCAUCAUCAGCAGUCCCAGGGUGUUAAGAAUGAGCCGCAGGAUCUGCGGAAAUCGUCCCACAGCUCGGUGGCUGGGGAUGGGGACGAGGAGGAGGAGGUGGAGGAGGAAGGCAUUGAGGAUGCGUUCAGCAAGAGCUACCAGAUGGCGAACAUGAUGGCGGCGGCUGCGGCCGCGGCGAACAAAUCGCACGUCCCACCGCACGUCAGCGAGCUGCUGCGGCCUUCGAUCCAUCCCGUACCGGAAGAGGAACUAAGAAAACCGAAACCAUCCGACUCCGCCGGAAGUAUGUUCGGGCUCGGUGCGUCCGACAAGCGGCACUCCUCCAGCGAACAGUCCACCCACGGACAAUCGAGUACAGUCCCGAGCUCCCUCGGAACCUCCAGCUCAUCUGCCUCCACCACACAAUCGCUCGCAUCGACCAGUGCAGCCUCCGCCGGCCGCUCGGAGAAAGAUGAAAUCCUCCCCUACCACCAAGAGCACCCCGGCUCAACCGGGAGCUUUUCAUCGCUCGCCGCCAACAUCAUCACCGACCAUGCGCCCUCCAUGCUCGGUGAACCGAACUCGCUCGCGAUGCUCGAAAAGAAAGCCCAGGAAGUGCUAAACUCCGCCUCCCAGGGCAUCCUCUCGAACAACCUGCUCGAUGAGCUGGCCUUCGCGAACGACAAAUCCUCCCCAAAUGGGCGCAACGAUGCGGCCCUGUUCAAGCACCGCUGCCGGUACUGUGGCAAAAUCUUUGGCUCCGACUCGUCCCUCCAGAUCCACAUCCGAUCGCACACGGGCGAACGGCCCUACAAGUGUAACGUGUGUGGCAGCCGGUUCACGACCAAGGGCAACCUGAAGGUACACUUCCAGCGCCACUCGGACAAGUACCCGCACAUCCCGAUGAACCCGAACCCGGUACCGGAGCAUCUGGACAAGUACUUCCCACCGCUUAUCCCGCAGGAAGCGCUCAAGGAGCAGCAGCAGCAGCAGCAACAGCAGCAGCAACAACAGCAACCUCCAGGCCAGUCGCCAGCGCCACCUCCAGCCAUGCCUGGUGGAGCCGGUCCCGCCGGUCCUGCUGGGCCUGCCGGGUUCCCGGGCGUGGUAGACGGUCGUGGUGCACCACCGGGCUUUCCACCGCGUAGCUUCUUCCCCGACUUUUACAUCCCUCGGCCACCGCAGCUGCAGGAAUUGUUUGGAGCGGCUGCGGCGGCCGCAGCAGCCGCGAAUGAUGCUAGCGCCCGCAAUCCUGUGGAUCUGUCACAGAUGAAGAAACCAGUCGAACCACCACCAGCGCCACCACGGGAGCAAACGCCCGAACUCCGGAGCAUGCACUCACCCGACCUCUCGAACGAUGGACCGGCCCAAGGGACAAAGAUCAAGCAGGAACCGAUGGAGGAGUCGUUGGAUCUUUCCGACAAGUCCACGAAGGUGACGGGAGGAUCGGGACGAUCUACUAGCACACCGAUCCAGCAUCAUCAUCAUCGGGAUAUGGACGAGUCGAAGGAUGGUUCGAAGGAAGAUCAUCCAAUGUUGGAUCAUUCGGAUCAUCUGAAGGAGCACGAUAAUGGAGGAGCACUAGGAGCCGGCGCUCUGAGUGCCCUCAAUAGCUCCACAAGCGAAAAAGAGUUCCCACUGAAGCUGAAGAACAACUCGAUCGAGAACUUGGCAACUGUGCCGUCAGUAUCUCCCCCAUCUAGCUCCUCAUCCGGCUCGCUCUAUCAGGACACCGUACUGGACCCUUCGUUCUACGCCGCUCAUCUCCCUCGUCCGGACAGCAACGACAGCUCGUGGGAGAACUUUAUCGAGAUCUCCUCGGAAACGUCAAAGCUGCAGGAGCUGGUGGACAACAUCGAGAACAAAACGUCCGAACCGAACCAGUGUCUCGUGUGCAAGAAGGUGUUGUCCUGUCGCAGUGCUCUCCAGAUGCACUACCGGGUGCAUACGGGCGAGCGACCGUUCCGCUGCAAGAUCUGUGGCCGAUCGUUCACGACGAAGGGCAAUCUGAAGACGCACAUGAGCGUGCACCGGAUAAAGCCACCGAUGCGCACGCUGCACCAGUGUCCCGUGUGUCAUCAGAAGUUCUCCAACAUCUUCGUGCUGCAGCAGCACAUACGGUUGCACACGGGGGAGAUGACGGAUCUGACGCCGGAUCAGAUUAAAGCGGCUGAGAUUAAGGACUACGAGGGUGGAGUGCAUCCACCACCGCCCCAUCCGGAUGCGUUACGGUUGAACCCGUUCGGGAUGCGGCUAGCUAGUGAGUUCCAUCAGCAGCAGGCACAUCUUGCUCAGCAACAGCAGCAGCAGCAGCAGCAGCAACAGCUACAGCAGCAACAGCAACAACAUCACCACCAGCAGCAACAGAACAAACGAUCGCUCGAGCACUCGGACGAGGAGAAUGACAGCGAGAACGGAGCACGACCAUCAUCCGUCGAUCGGGGCGUCACCCCGAUCGGCAAGCUGCCGAAGGUUCCCAUCCACGAGAAACUCAAGGUGAAAACGGGACUCACCUCGCCGGCACUCGAAAGCCAGGUGGAGGAUCUGCGCACGAUGAACCUGCAGCGGCUCUCGAUGCGAUCGCUGCCACCCGCCGAUGAUUCGUUCUCGCGCGAUUCCUCCUCGGCCAGCCCAACCAUCGCCAGCGCCAACAUGUCCACCGGCUCGGACGCAAAACGGUUACGCUCUUCCAGCCCGCCCAGCAACUCCUCCCCAUCCAUGCACGGAUCGCGCCGUUCGCCCAUUUCAACCCCGCCGACGGUUGGUGGGGCGGAACAGGCGAGUGCUGCCGGGCGGGCCGCGGCUGCCGCGGCCGCCGCCGUUGCCUUCCCGUACGGGCCACCGUUCCUCGGUAUGCCCCAGUUCCCGCCCUUCAUCAAUCGGCCCCCAUUCCUGGGGAAUGUGCCGAUCGUGCCGCCCGGGUCCAGCAUGCCACCGUUCGGGCUGUUCGGCGUUCGUGGAAACACAACAACUUGUAAUAUUUGCUUUAAAACUUUCGCCUGUAAUUCCGCACUCGAAAUUCAUUACCGAAGCCAUACGAAGGAGCGCCCAUUCAAAUGUUCAAUCUGCGAUCGAGGAUUCUCUACCAAGGGAAAUAUGAAGCAGCACAUGCUCACACACAAAAUCCGUGAUAUGUUCGGCAGCUCGGGUGGCAAUUCCGGGGAUGAGUCACGCACUCAAACCCCACCCCAGGACAACCAUUCGCAGUCGUCGAACGGUUCGGAAUCGCAUCACCACAAUCACCAUCAGCAGCAGGACGGUGGUGCGCAGGACUUUUCAUCGUCCGGCGGUGGUAACGGUGGUGGUGGCGGUGGUUCUCAUCAUUACGGUGGCAACCGUGAGCGGUCGAAAUCUGCCGGCUGCUACGACGAUGGACCGUCCAAACCGACGAUGGAUCUGGGCGAACAUGGUGCGCAGGUAGAGAACGAGAACGGUUCCAGCAGCCGGGCCUCGUGCGCCUCGGACCGGGGCAGCUCGCCAACGCCGCUGAUGGCGGGCAGUGCGGCCGCGGUGGCAGCAGCUGCUGCGGCCCAUGCCGCUGCUGCGGCCGCCGCUGCCUCCAACAACAACUACAGCGAGUACGGCAUGGGUAAGGAGGUGACCGAUCUGAAGAACUGGUGCCAGAAGCUGAAGGAAAUGCCGGAAAACAUUGCCGCGAGUUGAUAAUGUGCGCUGGUAGUUUCGGCCGCUUCCGGGCGGCGUGAGGCGGACGCUUGAUACAACACAACACCGGAACAUGGAGAUACGACACUAACACACACACACAGACAGACACACAAACAUGAAUCGAAUUUCUUUCUACCAAAGCUGAAAGCUGACAAAAAAAGGUGAAUCAAGAUGAGCGGCUGCUGGGGAUUUGAGGCAACAAACAGAACAAAAUAAUCAAAACACACGACACGAAUGUGGGGAAGGGAGAUGGAUGGAUGGAUGGAUGAGAGGGAGAUGAAAUCGCUGUGUUACAUAUCAAGAAAUGCUUUCCCGUGUGUUUUGUUUAACCAUUCACCUUAGUUUCCUCACUGCUCCAUGCAUAGAGAACUUCGUUUUGUAAAUAGCUAAAAAGCGAGGGAGCGAGGAAAAUUUGUGUAACUUCACUUAAAACACAUAUAAUACUGUGAAGUUGAAACGUCCUCAAAGUUUGAAUUAAAAAUGAAUGAAUAACAAAAAUGUUAUUUAAGUGGAUAAAAAAAACAAAAGAGAUGUGUUAGUUAAAAUCACACAAAACAGAAGUAAAACAAAAAAAAAAAACAAAGGAACACUAAAAAAACAGAAAAAAAAUCGAACAAAAAAUAUAAAACAACAUCCCCCCAUCUCCCCACAAUCUAUAAUCACUGUAUGUGAGUGAAUGUGAGUGUGUAUCAAUGUGUAAGUGUAUGUAAAUGUACAAUGUAUCGUAGAAAUGGCAAAAAGUAGUUCAAACGCUCCAAUUAAGUUGGAGGAAAAUGUGCAACAAGUGGGCAAAUGCGACUGGAAAUCGUAGUGAACAAAAUCAAAGUAAGCUCUGAGCGAUAGCAAAAAAAAGAAAGAAAUAGUGUAUGAAAGAGAAAGGCCGAGAGAAAGCAUGUUUGGUGAUGCAAAAAGGCUAGAAGAAAGGGAGAGAAAGAGCAAGAAAGCGUUUUGUUUGAAUGAACACACAAAACGUGCAUAUUAUCAAAGACAAGAAUGAAAAAAACCCUUAUAUGUAGCAUUAAGUUUUAGGUGUGUGUUUGUGUGCGUGUAUGUGUGUAUACAUAGAGCUGCGACAGCAAACUAUGAAGAGAAUAGACAAACAAGAGAAAAAGAAAAAUCAUUAAAAAAAAACAUAGGAACUGUAAGGAAGGAAGGAAGGAAACCAAACAAUCUGAACAUUAGAGCAGAAGAGGUAGUAGAACAGCAGCGAGCGAGCGAACGUGUUUCAAAUCAAAUCAAACGAAUCAAGUGCGCGAAGAGUGAAUGAACGAAUUUUGCUUUUAUGACCGAUGUUGUAGCUACUUUAUUCACGAACAAACACUGUGUUAUAAUCAUAAAAUGAGUAAACACAAGGCGUAUAUUACAAAAAAAAACACACACACACAUAUAAAACAUAAACACACCCACGAUACAGAUGCAAAAAGAAAGAAUGAAAAAAAAA